AUGGCAAGGGGUCGGGGCCGCGGCCGUGGCCCGAGUCUAUCUCAGGCCGGUGAGGCUAGUGGCCCGGCGGGGGCGCCGGCAGGACCUUCAAACCUGGAGGACAUUCUGGAUUUCGCUGACCAUGCCUGGGCAAACGUGUAUGAAGGACAUGAAGGGCAGGAUCGUUUGUACCGUUUUCAAGCUCUCUUGGAGCCCGGCUUGAUGUUGCAUACUCAGUAUUCUGGCAAAGGCACAGCGGAGACGUGUGCAUCUCACAUAGCUCAGCUUUGCAAAGAGCACAGCAUCUUUCAAGAAGGUGCAGGGCUUGAUCGAAUGGCAACCGCGUUUGACUCCAAACGCUUUGCUGUUGAAGUCCUGCUUCAACACGGAUGCAACAGCAAGCCGACCUGCAUCUUCGGUGCGAUGGAGUCCUGCUUGAGUACUGAGGCACGUGACGAAAUAGAGAAGUUGAUGCCUGCGAAGGCACAGAGUGACAGUGAGCGAGAAGUUGCGUUUGCUACCAUGCAUGAGUAUUUGCGCAAGAACCAGUCAACAGCAUAUCCUCAGGACAAAGAGGCACCAUGCUACAAUCAUGCUUGCAAGAAGGGCUGCCGUGUCUGGCCUGCAAAGCCGUCCCCACAGACUUUCACCUUGUGGGUCGCAGGGCAGACGUGUAAGGACGUCUCGAGGAGGGGCUGCCGCCAGGGAUUCACAGGACCGAACACGAAGACCUAUCUGGUCUGGCUGGGAAUGGUCCGCAGCCAAGCACCCGAUAUGAUCAUUCAUGAGAUCACUUGUUCCAAUGAAGCUCGUGACCGCCUGCAUGCGGACCUCUCUCCGAUCUGUAUGAGAUACAGACGGAUGUGUGUGCUACGUCGCCAGUUCACGAAUGUUGGGUCGUGGAAGGAAUUCAAAGACAUAUUCUGCAGCAGGUGUGUGGCCACUGCUGAUGUCUUUUUUCAACCAGGCCUACAGCACCGCGAGGAAGUUGCACGUGCGUUGGCCCAGAAGAACGGGGUGGAUUUGGUUCUCAGUCCUGCAGAGUUUCGUUGUGCCAAUCAGUAUCGGAGCCGGGCUACGCAGAGGGGCUUCGGUGAACAAGACUUCUUCUGCUUCGAUGUGGCGCAGGAAGUGGGCUAUGGACCCAUCUCCACUCUUGGGCCAUGCUUAACCUCCCACAACAAAAUCAUUAAUGGACAGACGGGAGAGAUGCUGACUGGCUUGGACCACUUGCUGCUGAUGGGUGCCCUGCUUGCAGCAGUCUUGCAAGUGAGCCUUCCAGCUAGCCUUCGUCCCAUGUCCCAUGAGUCUUGUCCCAUUCCUUCAGCCACGUGCCUAGGCGAGAGCACGUUCCCGCACGUCGUCACGAAGUACAAGUGCCCUUUUGCAGAGUUCGCGUGGCAGCAGCGAGCCCAGUGUGGCCAGUGGAAGGAUUUGGCUGGCAAUGCCAUGCACCAGCAAUUGCUCACCGCAGUGAUGCUGUACUUUCUUUCCAGUGUCGUUCGUGUGCCAGGGGGAGAGUUCAGGUGUGAUGGGUUCCAAUUCCAUCGCGGCUUCACCUCGGACGUGCUGGAAGAUUCGCAGGAGAAGCCAGAUGCAGCAGAACGUGCAGAUCCGCGCCAGGAUGAGGACUUGGAGAACAGUUCGUAUAAGUGCCCUGAGUCUGGCUGCCUAUCGAGUGCACAGCAGCCGGCCCAGCCGGCUGAGUCGGCUGAGGAUGCAGGAGCGAAGAAGAGAUUGCGGUUGAGCAGGUGA